AUGCUUCUCUCGUUACCUGCCUUACAUCUUCAGACCUCCGAAUACCAUCCUCUCCUCCAGCUGUCACACGGAAGGCUCGGACCAUGGUGCAGUCCCACCAGCUCCCCUGCCCCCCUCUCCCGUGAGCCUGGCUGCGGGGAGGGAUCAUGGAUACUUGUCUGCCGGCUUCUGGUUCCCACGCAAGUAAGCCUGCUGUCAAUGGAGGAGGACAUUGAUACCCGCAAAAUCAACAACAGUUUCCUGCGCGACCACAGCUAUGCGACCGAAGCUGACAUUAUCUCUACGGUAGAAUUCAACCACACGGGAGAAUUACUAGCGACAGGGGACAAGGGGGGUCGGGUUGUCAUAUUUCAACGAGAGCAGGAGAGUAAAAAUCAGGUUCAUCGUAGGGGUGAAUACAAUGUUUACAGCACGUUCCAGAGCCAUGAACCCGAGUUCGAUUACCUGAAGAGUUUAGAAAUAGAAGAAAAAAUCAAUAAAAUCAGAUGGCUCCCCCAGCAAAAUGCAGCCUACUUCCUUCUGUCUACUAACGAUAAAACUGUGAAGCUGUGGAAAGUCAGCGAGCGCGACAAGCGGCCAGAGGGUUACAACCUGAAAGAUGAGGAGGGCCGGCUCCGGGAUCCUGCCACCAUCACAACCCUGCGGGUGCCUGUCCUCAGACCCAUGGACCUGAUGGUGGAGGCCACCCCGCGAAGAGUAUUUGCCAAUGCACACACAUAUCACAUCAACUCCAUAUCAGUCAACAGCGACUAUGAAACCUACAUGUCAGCUGAUGACCUGAGGAUUAACCUAUGGAACUUUGAAAUAACCAAUCAAAGUUUUAACAUCGUGGACAUUAAGCCGGCCAACAUGGAGGAGCUCACGGAGGUGAUUACGGCGGCCGAGUUCCACCCCCAUCACUGCAACACCUUCGUGUACAGCAGCAGCAAAGGGACAAUCCGGCUGUGCGACAUGCGGGCGUCGGCCCUGUGUGACAGGCACACCAAAUUUUUUGAGGAGCCAGAAGAUCCGAGCAACAGGUCGUUUUUCUCCGAAAUUAUCUCUUCAAUUUCGGAUGUGAAGUUCAGCCACAGCGGGAGGUACAUCAUGACCAGGGACUAUCUGACCGUUAAAGUCUGGGACCUCAACAUGGAAAACCGCCCCAUCGAGACUUACCAGGUCCAUGACUACCUCCGCAGCAAGUUGUGCUCCCUCUACGAAAACGACUGCAUUUUUGAUAAAUUCGAGUGCGUAUGGAAUGGGUCAGACAGUGUCAUCAUGACCGGCUCCUACAACAACUUCUUUAGGAUGUUCGACCGAAACACCAAGCGUGACGUCACCCUGGAGGCCUCGAGGGAAAACAGCAAACCCCGGGCCAUCCUGAAACCGCGGAAAGUGUGCGUGGGGGGCAAGCGGAGGAAAGACGAGAUCAGCGUCGACAGCCUGGACUUUAGCAAAAAGAUCUUGCAUACAGCUUGGCAUCCUUCAGAAAAUAUUAUAGCAGUGGCGGCUACAAAUAACCUAUAUAUAUUCCAGGACAAGGUUAACUAG